AAUAAGCCGCCUGUUUAAUGGCACAGAAACUAUUGUGUUGGACAGUUUAAAACAGCAUUACUUCAUUGAUCGGGAUGGGGAAAUUUUCAGAUACAUUUUAAGCUUUUUACGGACCUGUAAGCUUCUUCUCCCCGAGGACUUUAAGGAGUUCAAUUUGUUAUAUGAAGAAGCAAAAUACUAUCAGCUACAUCCCAUGGUUAAAGAACUUGAGCGAUGGAAGCAGGAUAAAGAGCACCGGAAACAUUUCCAGCCAUGUGACUGUCUGGUUGUGCGAGUUACCCCAGACUUGGGAGAGAGAAUUGCUCUCAGUGGAGAGAAAGCUUUGAUAGAAGAGAUUUUCCCAGAAACUGGAGAUGUUAUGUGCAACUCAGUUAAUGCUGGCUGGAACCAAGACCCAACCCACGUCAUUAGAUUUCCACUAAAUGGUUAUUGCAGAUUAAACUCUGUGCAGUUCAAGUGGAAAUAG